AUGUAUGAUCCCAAACCCUGGUCCGGUCCUGGCGUCUUUCUCAACUUCUUCAAGCUUAACGAUUCGUCGAAGAUAUCACUGGACACACUAGAGAAAUGGUUCGAUGAAGAAUACGUACCUGAACUGCUCGCGACUGGAGCUAUCAAGUUCGCGUGGCUUUACAAAGCUGCGAAUCCAUCGUACGACAAACAACAUCUAGCGGUCUACAAAGUAUCCGAUCUCGCGCUGGUACAAGCCGGGAAAGUCCAGGAAAUCCCGAGAAGCAGCAAGAACGGCUUGUUUGAUGGAGACGUGGAUGCUUCCAUCGAGUUUGACACAAGAAUCUUUUCCUUCGUGCAGAAAUUUGAGACAUCGAAGCAGGAUGAAGAUUCUGCGGAUAUUAUCAUGCUUGCCCUGAUGCAACCAGCUCCCGGAGGUGAAGCCGAUCUUGACUCCUGGUAUCGCGACGAGCACAAUCAGCAAAUGUCCGAGCAGCUUGGCUGGAAACGUACUACACGCUUUAACCUGCUGUUUCAGCACAGCAAUGCCAGCAAGAAGAGUGAGGAAUUGGCUUUCCUGGCGAUCCAUGAGUUCGGCGAAGGAAACAAGUUGGGCAAAGACGUCGAGCCUUUGCAGCCGAUUUCAGAUUGGACAAAGAAGCUGAUGAGUUCGGUGAAAGCAAUUGACGCUGCGAUUUACCACAAGGUCAAGGCAUUGGGAAACGGGGCAGGCAAUUAG